GCUCACUCUGCUCCCCCGGGUCGAGCCCCCCGGAGCUGCGCGCGGGCUUGCAGCGCCUUGCCCGCACCGACUUCCCAGCGCCCGGCUUCGCGCAUUCGUGGCGCCGGCUUUCCAGAGCUCACGAGCCGGUCCGGGACGAACUCAGGCUCCGGCAGCCUCGCGCUUCCCCGACUCGGCUGCCUCCGCCCCCCCCUCCAACCCCGGGGGUCGCAAGUCCACGAUGCCGCGGGGCCCUGGCUCGCUGCUGCUGCUAGUCCUUGCCUCGCACUGCUGCCUGGGCUCGGCGCGUGGGCUCUUCCUCUUCGGCCAGCCCGACUUCUCCUACAAGCGCAGCAACUGCAAGCCCAUCCCGGCCAACCUGCAGCUUUGCCACGGCAUCGAGUACCAGAACAUGCGGCUGCCCAACCUGCUGGGCCACGAGACCAUGAAGGAGGUGCUGGAGCAGGCGGGAGCCUGGAUUCCGCUGGUUAUGAAGCAGUGCCACCCAGACACCAAGAAGUUCCUGUGCUCGCUCUUUGCCCCUGUCUGCCUAGACGACCUAGACGAGACUAUCCAGCCGUGCCACUCUCUCUGCGUGCAGGUGAAGGAUCGCUGUGCCCCGGUCAUGUCCGCCUUCGGCUUCCCCUGGCCCGACAUGCUGGAAUGCGACCGUUUCCCGCAGGACAACGACCUCUGCAUCCCCCUCGCUAGCAGCGACCACCUCCUGCCGGCGACAGAGGAAGCUCCGAAGGUGUGUGAAGCCUGCAAGACUAAAAACGAAGAUGACAACGAUAUCAUGGAAACGCUUUGUAAAAAUGAUUUUGCACUGAAAAUCAAAGUGAAGGAGAUAACCUACAUCAACAGAGACACCAAAAUCAUCCUGGAAACCAAGAGCAAGACCAUUUACAAGCUGAACGGCGUGUCUGAAAGGGACCUGAAGAAAUCGGUGCUGUGGCUCAAAGACAGCCUACAGUGCACCUGUGAGGAGAUGAACGACAUCAACGCGCCCUACCUGGUCAUGGGACAGAAGCAGGGUGGGGAGCUGGUGAUCACCUCGGUGAAACGGUGGCAGAAGGGCCAGCGAGAAUUCAAGCGCAUCUCCCGCAGCAUCCGCAAGCUGCAGUGCUAGUUUGCCAGUGGGCCCUGGGCUCGGUGGACCACUUCCGCUCUGCGAACUCACUUCCGGUUUCCCAAGCACAGUCCUGAAAGUUUCGGCCCCGACUUGGAGCGGCUUGCCCUGCCUCUUGCAUGUGUGUAUCCCUAACGUUUCCUGAGUUAUAAGGCCCUAGGAGGCCCCGGGAACGGAUGUUUUCACAUAGAGCGAAAGCCCGUCCAGAUCUUGUAGAAAUAUCCAAGCUAAUAAAAUCGUGACUCUUUUUUAUGAAGUUUGAAAACAGCUCGUUUUAAGGUUAGUUUUGAGUAAGUAGUACCGUGACCUGAGGGGCAUCUUCCCUCUCUGGUCAGUCCACUGGUUUGUUCUGUGCACUAAGGUUGCCAUGCCAGGCAAAUUGUUUCAUUUUUCUCUGUGGUCUACCCUUGUGGGUCCCAGACUUGGUUGAGAUAAAGCUGGCUGUUAUCUCGACGUCUUCCUCUGUUCCAGCCUCGGCGUCUACGUCUCAAAAGACGCUUCAUCGCUCCUUUUUACACCCUCAUUACCCUCGCCCGUUGCAUGCGUCCCAUCCCAGCUACAGAACUUUUAUAAGAGUACAAUUAACCACUCCUCGUUGCAUGAACGCGUCACAUAAAGGACGAAGCAAAUACAGUCUUAGAAAUUGGCUUGAGCAUUUUAAACUUUGUUUAAAGCAUUUUUACUCAAUUUUUUUCAUAUUUGCAAAUUAAAUCAUUGUAGCUUACUUGUAAUAUACGUAGUAGUUUACCCGGAGAAGUUGUAAAAAUAUUGCUUUAACCAACACUGUAAAUAUUUCAGAUAAACAUUAUAUUCUUUGUAUAUAAACUUUACAUCCUGUUA